GCAGCCUCCUACAACGGAAGUUUACGGUUGCCUAGCAGCAAUAGUGCGCUGGUUUAUCAGUGACUGUGCUGCGGUGUUUGUCAUCACAGGUGCAAUGCAGAGCGCUGGAGGUGAGGGAGGCUGGGAGGAGGGAAGGUCCAGUCAAGGCGAGAAAAGCCCAAAGUUACAGGAAGGACUUGAUAAAGCAGCAGAGGACUCGGGAGCGACUGUCCCACCUGAGGAUCAGACAGGAACAGAGCCUGAUGACUCAGCCCCUCAGCCUCACCCUGACCUUAGUGGUGCGGAGGACGACUCCCCUAUGGCCACAUAUUCAGUGCAAGACAAUUUUGCUCAAGUGCUGGUAACACCUCACAUUUCAAACAUUAACACAUCAGAAGACAUGGGGGAUCAGGAGCCACUGCCAGAGGAUGAGGAAGAGGAGGAGGAGGAGUUCAUUGUUCUUGAUCCUGAACAUCCCCUGGUCAGAAGGCAACAAGCUGCUCUGAAAAGCCAGCUGAGCAAGCAGCUGGAGAGGAUCAACCUGGGACUGAAGGAAAAGUUGGCAAUGGAGAAGGCAGAUGCCAGCCACUUACAGGAGAUAACUGUUGAGAUGUUCAGGAUUCAGGAGCAGCUGGCCAGACUCCAUACCAGGCUGGAGGACCGUCAUCAGACCAAGGAACAGGCUGAAGCCAAAAAUAGGCAGGCACAAGAUCACCUGGAGGCAAUGAGGAGCCACUAUUCCAGUACUACCAGUCAGGCCAGCAAUGUCAAAGCCAAUGUGUCCCAGCUACAGGCGGAGGUUGACAACCUGAUGCUGCAUCUCGUCUUCACACAAGGAGUCAGUGAAGAUCUGCGCUCUAAUGUCAAAGCUAUGAAGAAUGCUAGACACAAAGCGGGAGCUGAGAAGGACCAGGCCGAAGAGCAGAAAUUGAAGCAGGAUUUGUAUGUGGAGCGUCUAACAAAGGACAUGGAGAGGCUGAUGCAGCAGAUAGCCAUGUAUGAGGCCCAGGCCAGUGCUCAAACAGAGGAGAGACAGACAGCCAAAGAGGCACACUCUGAGGCUGAGAUGGAAAUGGAGUCUCUGCUGAUGGUGCGUAAACAGCUGCUACAGCAGUGGAACAGCAGCCUGGUGGGCAUGAGGAGACGAGAUGAGGCCUUCAAUGCGAUGCAGGAGGCCGUGCGCAUGGUCGAGCACCAGGUGAUCUUACUGGACAGAGAGAUUGAAGGCUACAAGAAAUCAACCACUGAAGAGCAGGAGCAAAAUGAGACACUGACUUUACAGCUGAACUGGUCCCAAAUGGAUGGAGCCAUCUCCAAAAAGCUGAUCAGUCAGAAGCAGGCCCAGCUGGAGGCUCUGCAGGCCCACUACAGCACCUGCCUCCGCACUCUGAGGGAAACAGAGUGCAUCCUUGCCAGGCUCACAAAGGAAACCUGCACCCUCCAGGCUGAAGUGAAUGACCAGAGGAGGCAGUUGAAGAAAGAAAGAACUGUGCGUCUGGAGUUGGAGGACAAGAUCAUGACCAACAUGCAGCAGAAGCUCACCCACAACAAGGCUGCCAAGUACUCCCAACGGCUCACCAGCAAGAUAGCCACACUCAAGAAAGAAAAGAUCUCUCAGCUGUGGCAGUUGGAGAACGAAGUGGUGGCGACGGGACUGGAGAGCAGCGAAGUCAGCCAACAUCUGGACAGCCUGGCUCUCACUCAGGAGGCCCUAGAUGAGGAAAUCGCAAAGUACAACAAGUUACUCACAUCCAACCAGGCUAAGAUUUCUUCCCUCAUUACACUCAUCGGGCAGAAGCAGGCCACCAUCGCCAGCUACAAUAUAAAGAUUGGUCAAAUAACAGCAAGCACUGGGCAUGAAGACCUGAGUCCUCUGCAAAUCAGGACAGAGGCAUUGACGGCUCAGAUUGAGGAGCUGGCGGCAAAUAUCAAGAACAGCCAGCAGCUUUGGCUGAAACGGCAGGGGACUCUAGUAAGACUGACCCAGGAGAUAGAGGCCAACAGCAAGAACAUGCUCAAACUGCAGACAAUGUACACCGGCAUGCAGCAGAAGAAAAUACGCUUGGAGAGUCAGAUUGAAGCAGAGCACCAAGAGGAGACAGAGCUUGAGAAGAAUACAAAGAUGCUGAGGGGAGACUUGCUGAAGCUCAACACCCUGCUUAGCAAGAACGGACAGCAAAGCCAGGUGCUGGAGCAGGAGAAUGCACUGAUGGAGACCGAUUUCCUUCACAGACUUAAGGAGGCAGAGCGGGAGUCAAUUGAGAUGCAGAUGAAACACGAGAAGACCCAGGAGGAAAAAGAGAGAAUCCUCAACAGUUUGGUGGAAGCCGAGCGACAGAUCAUGCUGUGGGAGAAGAAGACCCAGCUUGUAAAAGAAACUCGUUCAGCUGUGGAGUCUGAGGUGGGCCAGGGGCACAUCCAGAUGAUGAAGGCUGAGAUACACCGUAUGGAGGUGCGACUCAACCAAGUGAUGAAGCAGCAGGAGCGGCUGCUGAGAGAGAGUGAAGCAACAGUGGCGAGGAGGGAGAACGUUGCUCUCCGUAUGGAGGCCAUGGUCCACAGCUCCCACAAACAAACUACAAAGGGCGAGCUGAACCGCUUCAUACAGGGCCUGCAGCGCAAGAUCCCCGACACUCACAAGCAUUUGACAGAGUGUGAGAAGGUGAUCAGGGAGCUAAAGGAGAGCCAGGUGAGUCUGAGUGACAGGCUUGUACAACAGAAGCAGCAGCUGAUAGAAGUGUGUGGCAGCAGCUACGUCCUUGACCCUGACAUCCUAAAUCUCCAGGAUACCAAAGACAGGAACCUAGCCCACCUGGUGGCUCUACAGAGCCGGACCAAGAAGCUCCAGGGGGUGUAUGAGGGCAGCUACCAAGCCUCAUCCACCUGCGAGUCAGUAGAAGCCGCCCUGCAAAGCCAAUUGGAGCGUGUGCACGCUGCCAGCACCAUCUUGCACCGUGUGUGUGAGGAGUCCCCCCAACACCAGGGGGCACUCCGCAGGCUGUCGCUAGCAUUGAAAGCACAUACAUGGGCCCUGGAUCAGGAGGCGUCCUGAGAUUGAGGGUAGAAUAUAGGCAUGAAAGUGAGUACAGGAGAAUAAAUACAAAGGAUGGAAAGUGAGUAAACAUGAGGUUAAGAUAAAGAAUAGAUAGGUGACGAUUUGUGAAAAAUGAGGGGUAAUUUAUUUUUGGUUUUGCAUUCUGUUAUGCUUUGAAUGAAAACUGAUUGUGAAACAAUGUAAUAAAAUAAACGGUCAUGAAACUGGACCAGAAAUAACUAGAUUCUUCAAAAGUGUUUGGCUCUCUCAAUCCAGUUGCCAGUUUGGAAAGUAAUUGAUACAUGAAGGGUUGCUGGUGACAACUGUCAAUGCAUCAGUGAAAAAAAAUCAUUAUAAUUCCCUAUUGGAUAUCCUAAACUAUUCAGUAUAAGCAUAUGUUGAGCUCAUACACUUUUCAUUUGUUGAGUUAUUUAAAAAAGGCCUUACAGCAUCACAUUUCAUAGAUGCUUAAUUUCGUUAUUCCCUGCCUCAUUUUGUGAUUUUAAAGGAUAAUUCUGGUUGAUUUCAACUUGGUGUUGUUUCCCAUAAAUGUGGCUAUUGUGGCUCUAUUGGUCGUGCUAUCUUCUCACUCACCACGUCCGCUGUUGAAAUAUGGAGAAACAAGGAUUUGUGCAAAACAGCGUAUUUCGGGGCAUCCAGCACGAGCUUUCCAAAUCAGCAUUUCCAAAGUUUGUCUCUGAGUCUGAUCCAAAGUAAACACAGACGGUAGCCGAUAGGAACAGCCAUUAUGGCUAACUACAUGUACAUCCAGGACAACUUUCUAGUUGACCAUUUAAUAAAACUACUAAAAUUGAACUUGUAUUUUGUGAAAACAUUGUCCAGCUUUGCCUAAAAGUAUUGUCAUCCAUAACCUACAGUAUCUGACAGUAUAAAUCGUCAUUAUGCACCGUACAUAUUUUGUACAAAAGAUUGUGCACAUACACAAAAACAUACAGUUCACCU